AUGGGCAAGACCGUGAGCGUGUCGAAGGAUUCGCCUGGCGAGUCGAGUCGGGUGCUCUUGAACGGCCGCGUUCGCCGUGCCCAAACUAAUGCUUCUUGGUUGUGGAUAUGCGCAGGUUUCAUUUCGAACGCGCUCCUGAUGCCUUACAUCAACGAAGCCGUAACACUCCUCUCUAAAGGUAUCGCGACCCGCGAAGAUAUCGACCAAGUCAUGGUCCUGGGAAUGGCACACAAGAUGGGGCCGCUCGUCUUGGCGGACUUCAUUGGACUGGACACGUGUUUGAGCAUCAUGCAGGUCCUUCACACCGAGACUGGAGACUCAAAAUACAGGGUGAGUGCGAUCGCGGCGAAGCUCUUGCCUUGGAUCCAACAACUUCGAGGGACCUGAUGACGGUUCCGGUGUCGCUUGCCAGCCUUCCGUAUUGUUGGGCCGCAUGGUCUCCGCGGGUUACCUGGGGAAAAAAAGUGGCAAGGGUUUCUACGAGUACUGA